AAAAACACUAAAGGGGUAGCUAUGGAGAUGGAGCGUUUUCCUGGCUGCUUUCUUUGACAGGUGUUGAGUGGGGCAAAAGUCUUAAAACAGAAUCCAGCAUGUACGCCAAAGGUAAAGGAGCUGUCGUCCCGUCCGAUAGCCAAGCGAGAGAAAAGUUAGCUUUAUAUGUGUAUGAGUAUUUGCUGCAUGUCGGCGCACAGAAAUCAGCACAGACCUUCCUGUCAGAGAUCCGAUGGGAGAAGAACAUCACACUUGGGGAACCGCCUGGAUUUUUACACUCAUGGUGGUGUGUAUUCUGGGAUCUGUACUGCGCUGCCCCGGACCGGAGGGAGACAUGUGAACAUUCCAGCGAGGCCAAGGCUUUCCAUGACUAUAGUGCGGCCGCUGCUCCCAGUCCAGUGAUGGGCAACAUGCCACUCAAUGAUGGCAUGCCAGGAGGACCCAUGCCCCCGGGCUUCUUUCAAGGUCCUCCAGGAUCUCAGCCCUCCCCACACACGCAGCCCCCCCCACACAACCCCAGUAAUCCCAUGAUGGGACCUCACGGACAGCCAUUCAUGUCUCCGCGGUACCCAGGCGGCCCAAGGCCCUCCCUCCGUAUGCCAAAUCAGCCUCCUGGGAGCAUCCCCGGAUCACAACCUCUCCUACCAAACAGCCUGGACCCCACCAGACCUCAAGGACAUCCAAACAUGGGAGGUCCAAUGAGAAUGAAUCCCCCUCGAGGCAUGGGAAGCAUGGGCCCACAGAACUACGGCGGAGGGAUGAGGCCUCCUCCAAACUCCAUGGGCCCAGGGAUGCCGGGCAUGAAUAUGGGUCCUGGAGGAAGAGGUCCCUGGCCGAACCCCAACUCCAACUCAAUAGCUUAUUCAUCUUCAUCUCCAGGCAACUAUGUGGGCCCUCCAGGGGGAGGCGGCCCACCAGGAACUCCCAUCAUGCCUAGCCCCGGAGAUUCGACAAACUCAAGUGAAAACAUUUACACGAUGAUGAACCCCAUCGGCCCUGGUGGAAAUAGACCUAAUUUCCCAAUGGGGCCGGGUCCUGAUGGUCCCAUGGGUGGAAUGGGUGCUAUGGAGCAGCAUCAUAUGAACGGAUCACUAGGCUCUGGUGACAUGGACGGGUUGCCAAAGAAUUCUCCCAACAACAUGGCAGGCAUGAACAAUCCUCCCGGCACUCCGCGGGACGACGGCGAGAUGGCAGGCAACUUUUUAAACCCAUUCCAAAGUGAAAGUUAUUCACCCAACAUGACGAUGAGUGUGUGAUUUUUUUUAUUUUAUCUUUUAUUUUAUUUUAUUUCUUUUUCAUCUUCCCUUAUCCCAAUCUCCCUCUCCCAUCCACCCUGGUGCGUCUUGCAUUACCUCUCCUCUCUCCCUUCCUACCUCCUCCUCCUCCUCCUCCUCCUCGUGGAUGGUGUGCUGUGCCACACAGCCCCUGGGGAUGCACCUGGAAAGCAGGACUCCCCUCAAGGCCCCCCAUCCCAAUGCCUGUAAAAUGGGUUUAAGAACAUGAAAAGGCCUCCAAGCAACAGGAAGGGUCUCUUCUCCGCUUCUUCUUCGCCUGCCGGGCCUCGACACGGGCCCUAGGACAUUAAGAGCCCGAAUCUGCUCCAAGCCUGUCUCUCCCAAAACCCAAAACCUGCCCUCAUGGGUGGCAUUCAAGCCCAAAACAAGAUGCCCCGCUGCAUCUACCACCACUCCAAUACUUCACGCUGAUCAUAACUUAUGAGGGCACACAGUUGUUGACUGACAGGGGUCGAAAACCCUCACUCAAAAACUCCUGUGUCAGGAAUGAUUAAAAAAAAUAAAAAAAAGACGAAAAAAAGAAGAUGAACUGAUAAAGUUAUUCUAGGGCAAGAAUGGUUUUCUUUAAAUGUUUGUAUUUUUUGUUGUUGAUGGUAAUAUUAUUGUUAUAAUUUUCAUAAUUGAUAUUAUUCUACUAAUGUAGUUAUGAUUUCCUGUAAAGGGCACAUUUUAUCUCAGCAGCAGCAUCAACAAUGACAGAAUAAGCACACACUCGAAAAAUGCACAAUGAUUUCCUGUUUACAUGAUUUUAGGUUAUUCGAUGUUUGUCUUGUUUUUUUUUUUUUUUUGUUACAGUCGAUCUCACUUCACAUACCUCUCCUUUCAACUUCUUCUGAACGUGUAGCUCGAGUCUUUGCCAUCUAAAUGUUUGUAGCACCAUUUGCAUAAACGUUGAUUGACGGGAUAAUGUUCACCUCACAAACUAGUCUGUGGCGUCUCGGCUAAAACUACCCAUACAGUUAAAACAGAGGCUUUCUCACAGCACUGCUGUUCUCUGGUACAAAGUGUCCGCUGAUGCACCUGAAUGAUCAUCUAGCUAUCUUGUCUUAAUAAGCCCCCACCCCCCCUUCUCACAGUUUGUACUGCAUGGAAAUGGCUCUGAGGUGCCAGUUCUCAUUCAGUAAUAGACAAAGCCAGAGAGCAUCUCUUCUACGGAUGUGGUCUUGUCUGUAAAUACAACAUAUUUAGCUUGUAUCGUGGUCGUUUUAUUAUUUGUUAUUUACAAGUUGUCUGUGAAUCUUCAAACGUGUUUCCUUCCUCUCCAUCACUUUGUUCGAUUUCAACCUCACCGUGGACUCCAAGUGGCACUGUGUUCCUCCCAGGAUUCAUUCUGGUCUCUCGCCAAUGUCUCUCUUUUUUUUGGACUGGGAGAUGUUGUGGGACCUCAGACACACUCAUGAAGCCUGCUUUCUUGCUUGGAGUUUGGGGUGAACUCACAGAUCCUGUAUGAUCCACUUUCUUGACCCAGACAAGACGGGCGCAGAGUGAUGCACCUUGGGGUUAACGGACCAUGCAGCCACAUCGGUCUGAAGAAGAGGAACAAUAAUGGGACACUUUUGUAGUGGAUAUAUUUCCAUUUUUGUGGAUUGUUUUCAGCAGAUUGUUUUUAUUUUUAAUGUAUUCAACUGAGAAAAAUGAAAGCCCAUAGAAUCUGCACACAAAGAAAAGCAUAGUUACAUAUUACGCUAUUUAAUUUGUUGUUUUUUCUGUAUGUUAUGUACUCUUGGCCUGAUCAACUCUCUGUUUCAAAGGGAAACAUUAUCUCUCAUGACAUCACACUGCAGCACUUAACGUCAUUGCUGUGUUCAAACCAACAAUAACUAAACAACCAUUGUAGCCUCUAUGGGUGAUGGUGACGUACUUAUCAAUUUUCUGAUAUCAAUGUGAACAGAUUGUACCCAGAGUUCAACAAGAACAUCUCCAGGAUUUGGCUAUCGGUGGCCUGGGAAACACUCUCCAGUGUUCCUUCAAUGUAGUCACACACACACACCUGCCCUUCUUUCCUCCAACCCCACCCCUCUCCCCCCAAAACGUCUCCCCCUCCCUUCUCUUUAAUUUCCUUUUUUGUAAAUACUGUAUAAUGCAUUUUGAUAUCAUUGACAUGUUUUGAUAUGUCAGUCACUACCAAUGAAUACAGCUGAAAGUAAAUUAUAAAUAAAACUGUCCAUGUUUUUCAUAGAGAAAGGAUGCGCUGACUAUUUGGCUCAUGUGGCUAAAUUUCCAUAAAAAUGUAUAGAAUACAGUAACACAAUAAAUGCAGACUGUAUGCUAAAGACUUGUAUGGUGGGGAGGAUAGGACAGAGAGAGGACAGGACAGAGAGAAGCAAACAAGCUGUGGCGUCCUCACUCUGCCCUUGUCUCCUUAUGUUUCAGUUAAAUGUUACUAUUGGCUUUGAAUAAUCAUUUGAAUCGUUUUUCCAAAGGGCAUCUUCUCACAAAAAAAACAUGUGACCUCUUAAUGCAGUUUUUAAUAUGAAGGAUUUUUAUCAAUUUAAGAAAACUUUUAAAAAGGUAAAAGUACUUAAGAGAACCUCAUUUUAAAUUAAGACUAGAUCAAAAAGUAACUGUGUCCUUUGCUAUUCCUGUUAUAGCGUUGUAUAGAUCGAAGCUCUCUCACUGAUCCUCUCUCAGUCCUCUGUGUAUAUCGAUCGUUGGCCAUCUCUGUACUUCUAUUGUGAUGUAUAAUACUGUACCAUUAGGAAGAAUUGCUGGUCGGGUGGGGUGGUCAUGUUGAGUCGGGGAGGGGUGGGGGAUUCAAGGGAAUGGGAUAUAAAUGAUUCUCCUGUACCGUUCAUGGUCCUUUCUGAUGACACGGCAGUAUUCAAUAUGAAGCAGUCUGUCUCUUGGGUUUGCUUUGUAUUUUCAUGGUAGGAUAGUUCAGAAUCUUGUCUUAGGGACUUAGGUGUCUUGUGUAGGUAAUAAAGAUGUUCUUUGUAUGUUUCUUUAUAUUGUAAAGUUUCUUUAGACUGAAAGAAAAACAGAUAAUUUGCUUAUCAAAAAAGAAACAAUGCAUCAAUAAUAAAUGUCAUUUGAUUUUUC